AUGUCCACCUGUGAUGUCACCCUUCAAGUUGUUAACUCCCAAGGAUCGGACAGCGGCGGCGAGGACGCGCCCCCGGCGGCCGCCUCCGCCCCCGGGCCGGCCCCCACGGCGCCGCCGUCGGGCAGCGGGCAGGGGCAGGCGCGGCUGCGGCUGAACCCCAGCCUGGCCACGGACCCCGCGCUGCACCGGCCCUCGCCCACAGAGGUCCAGCUGCUCGCCGCGCUGCCGCCCUCCGCCGCCGCCGCCGCCGCAGCCUACCACAGCGCGAUAGCGUCGAGCCCGUACUUCUGCCUGCCGCCGCCGCCGCUGCAGGACGCGCCGCCGCCCUCGCCGUCGCCACAGCUGCUGACGUCACGGGCCAAGGUGGACACGCCGGCAGCGGCGGUCGCCACCGCACACGACGCGCCGCCCGCCCCGCGGCAAGUGCCUGUGUUCAUGUGCUCGCCGUGUGGCAUCCGCUUCAGCUCUUCCAGCACCCUGGAGGCACACCAGACCUACUACUGCUCGCACAGGCUCAAGAAUCUCAAAGGCCGAUCAGACAGUGACAGCGAGGAGGGCCGCGCGGCGCCGAGCUCCUGUGAGGGCGGCGCGCUGCAGGGUGACGAGAGCGUGGCGUCCGACGCCAGCCACGAGGGCGGCGCCGCGCCGGCCCAGGGCCCGGCGGCCAAGGCGGCGCGCACCGGCAAGCAGUACGCCUGCCCGCACUGCUCGUACAGCGCCGACAAGAAGGUCAGCCUCAACCGGCACAUGCGCAUGCAUUCGGCGUCGCCCGCGCCCGCCGCCGCCGCCGCCGCCGUCGCCACCGUCAACGGGGAGGUGCAGCCCGGGGGCGCGGGCGCAGACGCAGGCGCGGUGGGCGCGCCUCAGCUGGUGGACCGCUACUGCCAGGACUGCGACAUCCGCUUCUCGUCGGUGAAGACGUUCCGCGCGCACAAGAUGCACUACUGCAGCACGCGCCACGUCGUCAAGGGCCCCCCGCACCUGGGGCCGGCGGCCAAGGCGGCGGCGCCCGCUCCCGCCACGGCCGCCUCCUCGUCGACGGGUGAGUCCGCCCCCGCGUCGCCGGCGGACGGCGCCUCGCCGCCGCCUGGCCCCGCGCUGCCCGCCUCCCCGGGGGCGGCGUCGCCCGCCGUGGUGCCGGUGGGUGUUCCGGCGCCGGCGCCGCCACAGCCCAUCCUGGCGCUGCCCACCAACCCCAUCCUGCUGGUGCCCUACUCGCUGUUCCAAGGCGCCAGCCUGCUGACGGGCCCGGCGGCGCUGGCCAUGGCGCACCACGACAGUCCCUGCGUGCUGCUCGCCGACGGCACGCUGCAGCCACUGGCGCAGGGCAUCCUCUCGCAGCACCCCCAUCCCCACCCCCAGCCGCCCCCGCAGGUUCCUGCCGCCUCUCCCGCCGCGGCGCCCGCGGGCCACGCACCGACGUCACAGCCCACGCACAGGGACGACCCCACCACGGGCGGCGAACCCGCCACCUCCACGCCUCCCAGGCAUCAUCAGAGAGAAGGCUCCGAAGCGAGCGGUCCACUAGAUCUGAGCGUGCGGAGGGCAUUAUACGGCGGCGCUGACCAGCCGGUGGGGACGAGCGAAGGCGACGCGGCGGACGGCGACUGCGACGGCCGCGAGGAGGCGGCUGGCGCGGGCGGCGCGGGCUGCGGGCCCUACCUGCUGUCCGCGUCGUCCGCGUCGACGACGCCGUCGCCAGCGCCGUCGGCCGCCAGCCCGGCGCGCCGCGGGGACAGCCCCGGCGCCGUCGCCAGCCCCAAGCAGCCGCCGCACGCGCCCUCCCCCAAGUCGCCCAGGCGCACCCCCAACGGCGUCGUCGCCGUCAAGCCGGAAGUGCUGGUGGCCAACCAGAAGCGCGUCAUCGUGUCUCCCACGCGCUCCCUCGGCUCGGACGGGCAGUCGGCCGACGAGGUGGCGCCGCCGCCGCCGCUCUCCUACCCUUCGCCGGUGAUAGCGACGCGGCGCGGCCUCGCGCCCUCCUCGUCGGCCUCUCCGUCGCUGGCGACUCCGCCGCCGCAGGCAGUGACGGCCGUGGCGAAGCUGCCGCCGGUGCUGACGCCCCCCGCAGGGUCGCUGCCGCUGCUGGCGCCGGCGGUGGCGGGCGGCGCCCCGGGGGCGGCGUCGGCGCUGCUGGCGGCGCAGCGGGCCGGCGAGCUGCUGGGCGGCCCCGCGGGGGCAGCGGCGGCGGCCGCGGCGCUGCUGCCGCUGCUCAUGGCGGCCGAGCUGCCCGCGCUGCCGCCGCACGUGCUCGUCAAGCAGGGCGUCUCCAAGUGCCGCGAGUGCAACAUCGUCUUCUGCAAGCACGAGAACUACGUGGCACACAAGCGCCACUACUGCUCGGCGCGCCUCGAGGGCGGCGGCGUGGGCGCGUCGGCGUCCCCGCCCGGGGGCGGCUCCCCCACCGGCGGCGGGCCCGGCAGCCCCCGCGGCGCCGCCCAGCAGCCGCUGCCCCACAAGACGCUGCUGCAGUUCAUCUGCGGAGCCUGCGGCAUCAAGUUCACCUCCCUCGACAACCUGAACGCGCACCAGGCCUACUACUGCCCCAAGCGCGCAGAGCUGCCUGCCGCCAAGCCACCCGAAGACAAGUUGGGCCGCAAGUGCCCGAAGUGCAAGGUGCUGGUGCCGGCAGAGCAGGUGGGGACGCACCAGUGCUGCGGCAGCGGCGCGGGGGCGGCCGGCGCGGGCGUCGGCGGGGGCGGCGCCGGCGCGGGCUGGAAGUGCCCCUGCUGCGAGGUGGUGAGCCCGACGGCGAGCGCCGCCCAGCGCCACAUGGACACGCACAGCGGCGUGCGCGCCUUCCGCUGCACCAUCUGCCGCUACAAGGGCAACACGCUGCGCGGCAUGCGCACACACAUCCGCAUGCACUUCGAGAAGAGGACCGCCGACCUGCAGGAGGAGAAUUACAUCACGUGCAUCACUGGAGAGGACGCGGUGCACCAGACGCAGCAACCGCAGCAGGGGGCGGCGCCGGCGCCAGCUCCCACCCCCGCUUCGGCGCCCGCCCCCGCGCCCACCUCUGCCACGGACGCGUACCCCGAGUCACCCAGCGACGGCGGCGACUCGGGCCGCAUCGACAAACUGCACUUCUGCGACGCUUGCAGCUACAACUCCUCCUACAAGGGCAACGUGGUGCGCCACUGCAAGCUGGUGCACAGCGGCCGGGCAGGCGUCGGCGUCGCGACUGCCGACGACGCCCCGGGCGGCGCGACGGCAGACGCGGUCGUGGCGGCCACGACGGUGGCGGCGGCCGCCGCGACGCCGAGGGCGGGCGCGGACGCCGACGCGUCGGUGGUGAAGCGCGAGCCCGCAGAGGGCGAGGGCGCUGUGUCCGCCGUCAAGACGGAGCCCGGCGCCGACGACGCCCACGGCGCCGCCGCCGAGGUCAACCUGGCCCGGCCCAAGUACUGCAAGUCGUGCGACAUCUCCUUCCAGUACCUCUCCACCUUCAUCGCGCACAAGAAGUACUACUGCUCCAGCCACGCGGCCGAAAACUCCGCCAACAACAGGACGACGGAGGCGUCCGUUCUGUAGGGAGGUCGCAAAAUCUCACCCAAAUUACCUGUUACGUCGUCCUCGUAACAAUUCUCGUGUAAUUAUUUAUUCGUAAGUUGUGUGGAUUUGUCACAUUGUGAUGACAUCUGUAGAUUUGCGUCGUUGUUGAAAAUCGUGUUCGUGUACAUGUUCUGUAGUAAUCUAUUUUAACUGCCGGUGACUGUGGUGCCGUACAGACAGACAGGGUUCUGACACGUGUGAGAAAUAUUGUCGUACGUUAAAUGUUUUGCAUACAUAUAUAUAUAUAUUGUUUAGUACAAAUAAUUUUUUAAAAUAUUCUCAUUAGUCAAAUCUGAUGCACGUGCACAAGGCAACUAAAAAAUAUCUCAGCGAGCGCUCUUUUAAUUUUUAUUCUCAUUAGACGAUUCAUAAUUUUCAUAAUGUCUUCCUUCAGUUAACUUUCGAAUUUACAACUUGCCGGCUCCGUGAUCGAUUUAUGCUCUUGUUAAUACUAUUAAGACGUGAAGUUCUGUGAUAUAAAUGAAUUACAGAAUAAACAGAAUGUAAAAUUAUAGUUACACAAGUCUGCAACACUGGCAGAUAUUGGUGAAACAAUUUCGGAUGAGGACAUAUGUAUGUACUGUGCAUAAAUGAAAAUUUGCCCCCUCAUGUUUUAAUAUGAAACAUGGAUUUUUUUUAGAUCCUUAGAUUCGUACAGUACUUGAAUCUCUCUGUUAUAGUGGUUUAGAACAAAGUAACCAAUAAUGUAUUUUAACUGGGAAUAUUCCCCUCAUAGCAGCCUGACAACAUUUAAUGUCAAGAAACAAAUUCCUCUCACACUAGGUAAGAAAAUAAAGACACUCUCUCUUACUCAUGGAAUCCCUAAUAAUAAACGUGAGAUUGUUAAUAUACAUAUGAAGUUUAUCACAGCUGUGAAACUUACGGUAUAAGAUGUUGUCUUGCUGAUUCAAGAACAGCUCUCAUCAAAACAUAAACCUCUAAGACUUCCUAUAACAAAUGAAAUGAUUUUCAGAAGCAAGAAAACGUAUUUAUGGGGAGUAAAACACACUAUGAAAGUUUCUCUCUUAUUUACACAUUCAUGUUGGGAACUGGCUUUUGUCUUACAACUUAACUGGGAAACAAUUAACAUUGUCAGAUAUGAUAGUACAGAGAAUAAUAUCAAAUCAAUCUCUAAAAUGAGAGAAUGUACCUUCAAGUGGGGCAGUAGUGCCUCACUUACUCUCAAUUUUGCUUCUGUCAGUAAAACAAAGCAAUCAUCGUACUUCCCACAAUAUUAAAAUAUGGCCAAAUGUAAAUCACACUGAAACUUAACACCUACAGUAAGUUCAGUACAGCCGAAGAAGAGGAAAUUUAUCAUCUACAUGCAUUAUAAAAGCAACCCAUAGCUCUUGUAAGUUUCAACAAUCCUCUUCAUACACCAUAUCUAUAACAUAAUUCCUUCUAAAAUAGCACUGGUAUGUUUUAGGAUGAUAAAUACUCUAUUCCAAUGAUACUGCUCUUCUGCCAAUGAUAAAUUUAACUGUAUUUGGUAUGCCAAAAUAACACUCAGUUUUAAUGUUCGAUAUUUCAAAGCAUUUUUUGAGAUAUUCCUGCAAGCUACCAUUUACAGUGACAAUAAUCUCUUGGGCCAUGAACUUAUAUUUGGAAACACAAAGCAUACUUGUGCCUUUGCACUGUAUAUAUGUAAGUAAAACAUCCUUCGUUUUGUUUUAUAACUUUUAAAUACAUAAAUGCUAUACCUAGGAGGGAUGGGAGAAAUCACUGAAACGAAAAUUUCAAUACUAAAGUGACACUAUUUGGGCACAUUGAAAACUGAAUGAAACUGAAUCUCUUGUGGACAAUAUGCUAGUGUGGAAGUUUCAUUUAUUUCAAUUUAACAAUUUUAUAUUGUCUUAACAGAUCAAAUGAAAUAUUGUUAUAAUGAGGCCAGUGAAUAUGUACAGGAGAUAAAGCACUAGUAACUCUAAAUUACAGGCACUUUACUGUUGCGGCACAAGUAUAUUAAAUGUCUGUGAGAUGAACGGUCUUAAGCCUAUGCUACCACAUUUUCUGCAGUAAUGAAUGUUAGUAGAUCUGAUGCAGUAUGAGUGAAAAUUUUCACAACUGUAAUCAAUGCUACUGAAGAAAACGUAUAAACUAUGCAAGACUGAUAAAGAAAAAGCUUUUACCACAGCACAUCAGCACAUAUUUUUUCUCCAGAAAAGAAUGAUUUAGAAGCCUCUUAAUGAUUAAGCAAAUGUCACACAAUUUAACAACUAUCUUCAGAAGGUUUUUUUUGUCUUUUUUUAAGAUAGUAGUUAUCGCAAAUGGUAAUACUACAUUGCAGGAGUGACAAGAAGAUAGAGAUCUCUUUAUUCUCUUUAGUUUUUCAACAUUCUUUCCAUAUUGACUAAUCCAAUUCUCAACCACGUUUCUCUCUCAGUGCAACAAAUUUACAAGUAUCCUUUUAUGACUACACAGUAUAUAAUGCUAUAGUUAGCGGAAAUAACUGGCAGAAAAUGCAAUGAAGUAGUAGAGGUACAGAUCACUGGCCAAAAUGCCGGCUAAAUACAGCUGUCAGAAACAUAAAAGAGCAUAUUUGAGUUAUCACUCCCAUCGUGUUUCUGCUGUAAUUUGAAGAGGAGAAUACUUGACUGCCAGAUUCUUUAAGUCAACAUUAUCUAUGAUUGAUCGAGAAGCUAUGAGUAAAAGUGUAUGUCAGAGUCCAUUCUAGAAUCUCAGCCUUAAAAUAUGUGAAAAAUCGUCUGAAAUGUGAGCACUAAAAACCGCAAUGAUCAUUACAAGCCUAAGGCAAACAAAAAUUAGUUCCAAAUGUAAACUCAAAAAAAGUCUUUCUUUUCUUUCUUAGAUACACCUGACAGAUCUUGAAGCCAGUGUAUCUUAGAAAGUGAAUGUUCACCAAGUAUAAUAUUCAAAAAUUUACAGCAUACAAAUCUGGUUUUAAUGCUGAAUUCAGUACCAAAGGCAACAGGAUAAUCAGAAAUUUUUCUGUGUUGAAAAGAUCAUAAACACAGAACAGUGGCAUAAAGAUUUAUAAUUCCACUUACCAAAUCAUAAAUGAUUUUAUGUCUACUAUGCCUGAUAAGUUUUACACAAAUUACCUGAUUCAUAAAACCUUAGUAAUUAAAUUAAUUCAUUUUAUUGAUUAUAUAGGUAGUUAACCUCUGUCACUGUUGUUGAUCAGAUGUUAUCUUAAAUCACACUACCUACAGUUGUCUUCCAUUACAAACAGUUCAUGAUGUCAUUAAAUGUAACUAAAUAUUUUUACUUCAUAUUGUUAUUAUAAAUUUAUGUUGUUUCUAGAAACGAAGCUAAUCUCUCUUGCAUGUAUUUCACAUCAUUUACAUUAAUGCCUUAUCACAAGCAUAUUCCUCAAAGACUCAUACGAAUAACAAGAGAAAAAUAUUAAGAUAUACGUCUAUGACCUAUACCUAAAUUCAACAAUGAAUUUUGGAGUUCAUUUGACUGCAUUGAGGGUGAUAUCUCAGAUCUAUCUGUGUAGAAUAUAGAAAAUUUUUCCAUAUUAUUUGACAUAAACUUAUAUGUGUACACUUGUCUUGAAACAGUUGACUGUGAGGAUUAUUACAUGUGAAUGAAUGAAAUUGAAGCUAUUAUAAUAGAGAUUUGUUUUAAAAGGAAUGAAUAUUGUAUCUGUAGAAUGAGAUGUUUUGUAGGUUAUAUAUGUCGUUGUGCAUGUGUGGCGUAUAUUUGUUCUAGAUUGUGUAAAUGCUGUCCCCUUGUUAAUGUAACAUUAUCCCCUUGCCAAAGGUUUAUAUGAGUUGAAAAAUAUAUGAAUUGAAAAAAACACACCUUUGACUGUAAGCUUUGAAUCUUUUUGACUUUUUAUAUUUUGUGGAUAACCUUCAACAUAGUAGCUGUAUAGUGUGAUAGCUAUGUGUAAAGUUACUGUUUGUAAAUGAAAAUGUGUUAAAAACUGUUGGUGCUACAUAGGAAUUAUAGUAUCCAAUGCAGCUCGCACUCAUGCUGCCAGUCAUUGCGAGGAUAAAUCAGCCAUACCCGGAGACAAUAAAUUAUUUAUUUGUAA